CUCCUUCUCUUUGUCACAUCCAUCUUCCAGGACAAGGGGAGAAACUAGACUUGUCUCAUCUGAAGGACUCUAAGAAGCUCCAACACGUGUGCAAGUUUACGGAUCUGCUGAUAUUCUUCUCCUGCAACAACAAUGUCCAUGCUGAAGGCAAAUGCCAUGCUGGCAUCCAGCUGUGAUGCUGAUGCCACAGCCUGUUCAGGCACAGACUGCCUUGUUCCUCCCAGUAACUUCAAUGCCACCCUGAGUGUUGUGCUGAGCACGGUGCUUACCGUCAUGCUCGCCAUGGUCAUGUUCGCCAUGGGCUGCACAGUGGAGGCUGCAAAGCUGUGGAGCCACAUCAAGAGGCCAUGGGGCAUUAUCAUUGGCUUCCUCUGCCAGUUUGGCAUUAUGCCUUUCACAGCUUUUGCCUUGUCGCUGGCUUUUGGGGUGCAGGCUGUCCAGGCAGUGGUCAUCAUCAUCAUGGGCUGCUGUCCAGGUGGCUCAAACUCCAACAUCAUCUGCUACUGGUUGGAUGGAGACAUGGACCUCAGUAUCAGUAUGACAACAUGCUCCUCUCUCCUGGCCUUGGGGAUGAUGCCUCUCUGUCUUUUAAUCUACACCAGCGUAUGGACAUCCAGUGACAGCAUCAAGAUCCCAUAUGACAGUAUCGGUAUCACUCUGGCAGCCCUAAUCAUCCCGAUCACUGUGGGAAUGUACGUAAAGCGCAGGUGGCCCGAGAAGGCAAAAAAGAUCCUGAAGGUGGGGUCCAUUGCUGGCUUUGCUCUCAUUAUCAUUAUAGCUGUGGUUGGAGGAGUCCUCUACCAGUCGUCCUGGACCAUUGCUCCCUCCCUGUGGAUAAUUGGCACAAUCUACCCCUUUAUUGGAUGCAGCCUUGGUUUCUUCCUGGCUCGCUUUGUGGGUCAACCCUGGUACAGAUGUCGAACCAUUGCACUGGAAACAGGCUUCCAGAAUGCCCAGUUGUGCAGCACUAUCGUCCAGCUAUCCUUCAACCCAGAGGAGUUGGAAAUCAUGUUUGCGUUCCCCCUCAUCUACAGCAUCUUCCAGCUCGUGUCAGCACUCGUCUUUGUGGGAUGCUUCCAGCUUUACAAAAGACGUUGUGAUGGUGGUGGCUCGUCUGCAAACAGUGACGCUCCAUACUUGGAAGGUCAGAACGCUGAUGUAGAAGAGCAAAAGUACUGCCCACGGGAAAAUGGUGGCUUUGAGGGCGAUGAGAGCGGCAACAGGGAUGUGAAGGAUAAAAGCACGGACAAAAGCACUGAGCUGUGAUAUUGCAGCCCUGAAAACCAGAGACUUUGGACUGUUGAUAUGAGCAAUAACAACUGCAGCACUGAACACAGCAUCCCGACUCUACUAUGAAGACACAUUGUGCUCUGCAGGCUGUAUGUGAACCACACUAAACCAUUUGGAAAGGUUUUAGCUGAACCGGGUUGCACAAAUUUCUUCCCUGGGACAGUCAACAUCUAACUUCAAGUGGGAGGGUGGUGGGGAGUGGUAACCAACUGCUGAAUUAUGUGUUAUUUACUUUUAUUCAUAUGUAAAUAUUUAGAACCACUUUGCCUGUACUUUGUUAGAUGUGUGUCUCUUAAUCAGUGCUUCAGUGAUUGUAAACAGGGUGUUUUGGGGUUUCUUUUGUGAUGUGACAGCCAUAAUUUAUUUGACAUUACUGUUAUUUCAAAAGCAACAAGAACACAGUGACGACAAUAAAGAACAAAAUGCAAUAUA